AUGAUUGAGGGAAUGGUGAAGGAUGGUGUUAUUGAACCUUCAUCUAGUUCAUGGUGUUCACCUGUGCUACUGGUAAAGAAAAAGGACGGCAGCAUGCGGUUUUGUGUUGACUACCGCCGCCUGAACUACGUUACGAAGAAGGACAGCUAUCCCUUGCCAAGAAUUGAUGACACGCUGGACAUGCUUACAGGCGUAAAGUGGUUUAGUACGCUGGACCUGAAAAGUGGCUGCUGGCAGGUUGAAAUUGACCCUAAGGACAAGGAGAAAACUGCAUUCUCCACAGGAAAGGGUCUGUGGCAUUUUAAAGUCAUGCCGUUUGGAUUGUGCAAUGCUCCAUCAACGUUUGAAAGGUUGAUGGAGCUUGUACUUACCGGGCUAAUUGGAGAUGCCUGUCUGGUCUAUUUGGAUGACAUGAUCAUCGUAGGUCGUACGUUUGAGGAACACCUUCAAAACCUAGAACGCGUGCUCAUGAAGAUCCAGAGUGCCAACCUGAAGUUGAGUGCGAAGAAGUGCUUACUAUUCAAACGGCAAGUUAGUUUUUUGGGGUAUGCAGUGUCGGAAGAAGGUAUCCAUCGGUCGGAUAAAGAAAGGUGCCAGAGGUACUCCUAA